UUGUGUUUUGUCUCCUUACUUUUUCGUCUUUUUAGGGUUCUUAAAGCUCUCUCUCUCCUCUUCUUCUCAGUUUUUCCCAAAAAAUUUCCUUAUAAUGAAGAUUAAUACUAGAUUGUCUCUCUCUGGAUACGAAUCCAAGUAAACAUCUUCGCUGAAAGGAAAAAACUAAAAAAAACCGAUCUUGAAGAACCCAUCACCGCCGGCGUUUGUGAGUCUGGAGUUAUGGAGGGAAUACAGAAUCCUGUUGUAUCGCGCAGUGUCGAAGAGGUCUUUGGCGACUUUAGGGGUCGAAGAGCUGGUCUCCUCAAGGCUCUCUCUACAGAUGUACGGAAGUUUUACCACGAGUGUGACCCUGACAAGGAAAACUUGUGUCUUUAUGGACUUCCAAAUGAGACAUGGGAAGUGAAUCUUCCCGUCGACGAGGUCCCUCCCGAGCUCCCUGAACCAGCUCUAGGCAUCAACUUUGCAAGGGACGGAAUGCCUGAAAAAGACUGGAUAUCUCUUGUUGCUGUUCACAGUGACUCAUGGCUCAUCUCUGUUGCCUUCUACUUUGGCGCACGUUUCGGAUUUGGGAAGAAUGAGAGGAAGAGGCUCUUCCAGAUGAUAAACGAUCUCCCAACCAUCUUCGAGGUUAUAACUGGCAACGCAAAGCAAACCAAGGAUCAGUCUGCUAACAACCACAACAGUAGCAGAACCAAGCCUAGUGGUGUCAAGGCUUCAAAGACGUCUCCACCACCAAGAGAAGAUGAUGACAGUGGAGAUGAUGAGGAAGACGAUGAACAAGGUGCGGUCUGUGGUGCCUGUGGAGACAACCAUGAUGAUUUCUGGAUAUGUUGUGAUGCUUGUGAGAAAUGGUUCCAUGGAAAAUGCGUGAAGAUCACACCUGCAAAGGCUGAGCACAUCAAACAUUACAAAUGCCCUACUUGCAGUAUCAACAAGAAAAUCAAAGCUUCAUAAAGGUGAUAAUAGCUAGUGAACAAAAAGACAGAACCAAGAGGCUUUUGAUUGUGUAAUCUUAAUGGGAUUGAGACAGCUUUACAUUUAGUAAUGUUUUCUUCUUCUUUUUUGUUGUUUUUGCUGUUAAUGUCAUAAUGCUAUAACUAAUUUGUCUUUAUGUUUCUGAGAAAACUGUCUUUAAGCUUUUGA